GGAAAUUAAGCUUAAGCAGUUCUGCCAAAAACGUCACAACAGCCUUCCAAGUUUCCAAAAUAUGAUGGAAAAUAUCCUUCGGGGUCAGCAAGUUGAACUGCAAGCCCUUCCUGGGACUGGAAACAGAAAUACAGAAAGGUGGAUCAGAUCCAAGAGAGGCUGCUGGGACCAGAAGCAGCGAGGGCAGACACGGCAGCAAAUGGCUCUGGCAUCCCGCAGGCAGGGCCCACGGCAGAGUGUCUGGGCUGCCAUGGCCAGGGCACGGCUUGGCAACUGGCUGAUCCUCUGCGUGCUUGCUGGGUCCCAGAGGCUGACAGAUGAACAUCCUCACAGAAUGGACAGCACCGUCACCAGCAUACCCCAUCAUGGCCCAGAGGACGCUGACAUCAUGUUAGAGAUGCUCUGGGGAGGACUGGACGUGCAGGCCAAUGAGAAGAUCCAGCUGCAGGAUGAGGAGCUGGCCUCCCUCCGCCCGGUGCGGCGGCUCAUGCACAUUUUAGAGGCUGAAGUUCCCAAAACACCACCAGAGGUGGAGCAGCAUCUGAGAUACUAUUCACUGACUGAUACCCCCUUGCCUGCGCUGCAGUUUGACCGCCUUCUUCUCACCAGCGUUUACUGUGCCUACCAGGUUCGCGCUGUGCAGGGUCUGGAUAAAAAUCUCUGGAUUGGUUUUUUCUCUCAGCUGGUCGAUGAAAUCUUUCGUGACCUGUGCAAGGGGCUCUGCCCUGCAAAUACCACCCUCCUCCUGGCCUCCUGGCCAUGGCAGGAGAAGCCUUCAUAUUUGGCAUCCCUGAAACAUUCCUAUCGUUCUAGCCCGGCCAGGACCAAGAGAGAGACUUAACAAGGGCAGCUACGGCAGGAAAGGACACACCUGACUGCAGCUGCAUUCCUGGUUACUUGGGAUGCUUUCCACAUUAUCCAGGACUCUAUAGAAAUACAUCAUCACCUUCUGUCUUGCUUUCUGCAUUGCACUAGCAUCCUUCUAAGGUUACUCAAGCUUUUAUGUUUAGACAAAAUAGAACAAAACUAUAAAAUGUGCUUGACCCUUUAUUGGUUUUCUUCCUGUUUCUCAGGCGGGCUGUGCUGAAGGGGGCAGUGUUGCUCAGAUGUUCUCUGUUGCCGAUGGUUACUGGGGAGAUGCCCUGGCAGAUUUUCCCAGGAUGAUACACUGCUGUCCUAGCUGACUUCAUUUCAGACAAUUCAGCCCAGCCUCCUUAUACUGCCCUUGGUGGUUUCCACCAAAUGUGGGUUCUUGUCUCCUCUCCAGUAACCAGCUAAGCAGAUUUUGUUGUGUUUCAUGAUAUAGGUCACAUUUAAUUUCGGCUUUUUGCUCAUGUGGCAUCACAUUUCAUGUAUCCAUAGUAAUUUCCACCUCAUGUAUUCAUUCUCCUUUUAAAAAGCAUCUUGAAAAAUGUAGGUAUUCCAUGAAGUUUUAAAGUGUUUGCAUAUCAUAUUUACAGCUGUGCACUGCU